GGGAGGAGCUGAGGUCGCGGUGACGCGGGAAGAUGGCGGCUCAGUAGAGAGUCGGCGGCUGCGGAGGAGCGGCUUUAGCGCCUCUCACGACCGGAAAUCAUCCUUUUUUUUAAAAAAACUGAAGUUGAUCAUUGAGCUUCAGCUUCCUUUGUGUGGUGAAGGUCACUGAGUACUGGAAUUGUUGCCAUGGGGAGGAUUUCAGCAGCUAAAGAUUCAAAGGAAAACAGAAAAGAAAAGGCUGGGAAGAGCCAACUGCCUAAUAGUCCUCUAACGAACAAUGAACAUUUUAACUGGGAUGAAUACUUGAAAGAAACUGGAGCCGUCUCUGCUCCUUCACAUUGUUUUAGACAGCCUAGGUCACCACCCACCAAUGAGUUUAAAAUUGACAUGAAGCUAGAAGCUCAAGAUCCACGAAAUGUUACCUCAAUUUGUAUAGCUACUGUGGUUGGAAUAACUGGAGCAAGAUUACGAUUGCGACUAGAUGGGAGCGACAAUAAAAAUGACUUUUGGAGAUUGGUUGAUUCGUCUGAUAUACAACCUAUAGGGACUUGUGAGAAGAAUGAUGGGAUGCUGCAGCCUCCACUUGGAUUCAGAAUGAAUGCGUCUUCCUGGCCAAUGUUUCUACUAAGGACACUAAAUGGAGCUGAGAUGGCCCCUAUUUCUAUCUUUAAGAAGGAACCUCCAAGUCCACAGGACAAUAGUUUCAAGGUUGGAAUGAAGUUAGAAGCAGUAGAUCGGAAAAACCCUCAUCUGAUUUGUCCGGCAACUAUAAGUGAAGUGAAAAGCGAUGACGUUUUUAUAACAUUUGAUGGCUGGAGAGGUGCCUUUGAUUACUGGUGCAAAUACAAUUCUCGUGACAUCUUUCCAGUGGGAUGGUGCGGCAUGACGGGAGACAGCCUGCAACCUCCUGGAAAUAGGGUUUCAAUUCCAAAGACUAUUCCUGCUACUCCAACAACACCUUCCCGACUGACAAAGCGAACAAUGCAGACAUCACAGAAAUCUGCAGAUCCAGUGCCAUCACAAAAAGGUCGGAAGGCUGUGAAAAGCAAACCUCCUGGACAACCUACUUCACAAAAGAGUACAUCAUUGCAGAUUUCUUCACCUCCUAAGUCCAUUUCCACCACUGACACAUCCAGAUCAGGAAAAAGGGGUGCGAAACCUGGAAGUAAGAGGAAGUCUCGAACAGUGCCUAGUCCACGCCCUCCUUCUCCCACCACAACUACCCCUGAACCCGACGAUAGCAACGCCCAGACUCUUCAGGAUGCAGCUAGCAUUCCCAACACAACCCCAUCAGUAAUGUCCACAGUUUGUGUGUACGUCAAUAAGCAUGGAAAUUGUGGACCACACUUGAAUAAAAAGAAAGUUCAGCAGCUUCCAGAUCACUUUGGCCCUGGUCCUGUGCCUGCAGUGCUUCAACAUGCAGUGCAAGCCUGUGUGGAUUGUGCCUUCCAGACUAAAACCGUCUUCUCUUUUCUGAAAUCUGGACAUCAUGGAGGGGAGAUGAUAACAGCCUCAUUUGAUGGAGAGAAGCACACCGUUAAUCUUCCAUCUGUAAAUAGUGUCUCAUUUGUAUUGAGAUUUCUAGAGAAACUCUGUCACAGUCUGCAAUGUGAGAAUCUCUUUAGCAGCCAGCCUUUCAGCCCCUAUGUAGGAAAUGCACACAGCCCAACAGAAUUUGAGAGAAUUAAAUCAGCCAAAGAAGAAGCAACGGAUCCAGCCACAUUAAACAGGGGAUCAAAACGAUUUUCUCAGGACUCUCCACCAUACACCGCUCCCCUCUCACCAAAACUUCCAAGAACAGAGCCUCAUCCUUUAGAAGCAGAAACAUUGCCCGCAGAAGAGAAUGUUACACCAAAGGAACACAAAUAUUCAGAGUCCUUAGAUUCUACACUGAAUUCUGUUAAACCACCUAGUCCUUCCCAACGGAAUUCUAGUGAAUAUCGUAACUCAGGAAAUACUCCAUUUAGUUUCAGAAGUUCUGUUCAACCAUCGGGCCCUACCUCAAACUCUGCCCCUUCCCUACGAAGGCUGACUUCAAAUUCAACAGGAAAUAACAGUUAUUACGAUAACAGAAAUCGCAUGCAGAGACGAAUAGAAGCUGCAAGUUCUACUACUGGGCCUGAUCUUCACUCAGCAGAGAGGGAGUCCUCGAGAUCUAAUAGCAAGGACCCUUCUACUUGGUCUAUUGAAGAGGUCAUGAAAUUUGUUAGAGAAGCAGAUCCCCAGGCUUUGGCACCACAUGCAGACCUGUUCAGAAAGCAUGAAAUUGACGGAAAAGCUUUACUUUUACUGAGAAGUGACAUGAUCAUGAAAUACAUGGGGCUGAAGUUGGGUCCAGCUUUGAAGCUUUGUUAUCACAUUGAAAGACUGAAGCAAGGAAAAUACUAACGGAAGAUGAGAAGAAUUCUUUCAUCAGUCUGAUGGAAAGUUUGGUUUUGAAAGCAGCUAAAUUAUUUCACUUGAAGGAGUGGCUGUUUCAUGGUUUUAAUAUGCCUUUACACCAAGUGAGUGUACAGUUUCACCCUACAAUGUAGAGUUCGAAAUGGGCCGUUAUUUCACUUGGUAUCAAAGGUGUUUUAAGUAAUUUUCAAAGUUGCGUCUACAUUUCAAGCUACCAGGGUGCAGCAACGCUAAAAACUCUGCAUUUGUGCUUUUUAUGCACGAUGUACUAUAUUUGUAAUUCUUUUGACGUGAUCAAGUCUGCUGUUAGACAUGUAGGUUGCACGUCUUUCUGUUGAUUUUUCUGAUGGUAAAAUGGAGUAGCGGAAUAGAUUCCCAAUGCCGACUUCCAUUAACACAUAACUGCUUUUAGUUUCCUGGUACCAAAAUGGCUAAAUCCAAAGGAUAUCUGUAUCAGGAUUUUAUAGUACAAAGAUGUUUAUGCAAAGCUUCUAGAUUACUAGAAGGAUUUUUGAGUGAACAGGUAUUCUUAACUCAGCAGCAAACCUUGUGACUAUUUUCUACCUGGCUCUUCUUAUGCUCCAGUGGAGCAAACAAUCUUGUACCAUAUGAUUUUUGUCAUAUGAUCAACCAGGCUAAUACUGUCCCCCUUAAAAAGUGUCGGGCAGUAGUUUACACUGUUAUGCAGUAAUUACAAAUUAAACCAGCACAAUCUUUUGGCAGGUUAUUCUGAAAAUCUUUAUUGUUUGUACAUUUAUAGUGUUCUUACCCUCAGUUUCAUUUUUUUUAAUGGGUUGACUUAUUAUGUGAGGUCAACCAGCCAUGUUUUAUACACUGUGAGACUUAACAUACUGAUAGUAAGCUUUUACUAUCUGUGCCUGUGAAGAAAGGAAAACUAAAUCAGGGACAAGAAUGUAAUAUUUUCUAGCCAGUAACAGUUUGAAUGUAUUUCAUAAUGAAUAUGUUAAUGGAAAAAGACUAUUUUACGUAAGUAUAUGGUCUGUGAGAAUAUAGAUUUUUAUUUUGUUUCUUGCUACCUUUUUAUACAAGGUAAAUCCUUUUUAGUAAAAUAUUUUUUGCAUAGGUAAUAACUUCUGCUUAUGGAGGAAAGGUGCUUUAUGCAUAAUGGUUUUAUAACAUUUUGUAGUUCUAUAAACUUGAGUGUAAUUGUAAUUUAAAUACCAUAAUCUCACAUCAGUGUUUAUGAACAGUCCUGUUCUUAGUUUUGACUACACAGUCUCCAUUGCAGCUCUGAUAUUAUGAACCAUGGUCAAAGCACUGUACAUAAAACAGCAUUUUAGCAAGAAAUAAAUUAGUUUGGUCUGUU